UUUCAAGUCAGUUGCAAACUCCGCCUCGGGGCCCGACGGGGCGGCAGCAGCGGCCGGGCCGGGGCAGCUGCAGAGCGGUGAGGCGGCAAGAGCAGCACUGCGAGCGGCCGAGCCCGAGCACCCGCGUCUACGUCUCCUCUUUUCCUGCUCUGCCGGCCUUCUGCUCCCCAGCUGGCGAGGGGCAGCGUCCGGGCGUCCGCCACCCGGGGCACCGGAGCGCCCCUUCCCCACUCCAGCCACCCCCCCCCCCCGCCCAGCCCCCUCGGAGCCUCCUCCCUGCCUCGACUUCCCCUGAGCACCGCACCCCCUCCCAACCCCCGCAGCUGGCAGGAUGGUGUCCUGGGUGAUCUCCCGAUUGGUGGUCCUGGUGUUUGGAAUGCUGUACCCUGCCUACGCCUCCUAUAAAGCUGUGAAGACUAAGAAUAUCCGGGAAUAUGUCCGAUGGAUGAUGUACUGGAUUGUUUUCGCCUUCUUUAUGACAGUAGAGACCUUCACCGACAUCUUCAUUUCCUGGUUCCCUUUCUAUUAUGAGAUCAAGAUGGCCUUUGUGGUGUGGCUCCUCUCCCCUUAUACCAAGGGCGCCAGCCUGCUUUACAGGAAGUUUAUCCAUCCGGCCCUUUCCUACCGGGAGAAGGAGAUUGACUCGUACAUUGUGCAGGCGAAAGAACGGAGCUAUGAGACAGUGCUGACCUUUGGAAAGCGAGGUCUAAACAUCGCUGCCACCGCCGCGGUGCAGGCGGCUGCCAAGAGUCAGGGUGCCCUCGCUGGUAGGCUUCGGAGCUUCUCCAUGCAGGACCUGAGCUCCAUCCCUGACAAUUCUGCCCCCUAUCAGGAUCCCCUCUACCUGGAGAACCAGGAAUUGCAUCGGAGACCACCCAUCAGAUACUGUCCUGGGGGCCUACAGGACAGUGACACUGAAGACGAGUGUUGGUCUGAUUCCCAGACAAAGGCCCACACCCUUCCCCGUCCCAGGGAGAAGCCCUUGGUACGGAGUCAGAGCCUAAGAAUUGGCAAGAGGAAGCCACUGGUGAGAGAUGGCACCUCACGCUCUCUGAAGGCUCGAACCCGGAAGAAGGCAGCCCCGUCCGACCUGGACAGCUAGUGCCAGACAUUUCCCAUUCUGCUCUACCUCCAGCGACCUGGACCCUUCUCCUCUAAAACCCCACUUUCUCUCAGUGUGGAGGGGAAGUGGGAGGAGAGGGGGUUAGGUCCGUGGACACUGGAAAAGGCAGCAACGCCCCCUUUCUUGUGAUGGUUUUCAUCUAUUUCUGUCUCCUUGCCCCAAUGCCCCCUCCCUCACUAACAUUCUCUGCCCAGCAAAGUGCCUAUGGACUGAGAGGGUCUUGGUCCUCUGACCUGCCAGCAUGGACCCAGCCCUGACCAGCACCUCCUGGUUCUGGGGUGUGGGGGUGAGGCCAGGUGUUCUUAGAUCAAGUUACUCAAGGUAUCACCAGUUGGCAUUGCCCAAGUUCUGUGUUUUUGACAUGCCAAAGCAAUCCCUCCUUCAUGCCUUGACCUGAGGGUUAUUUAUUGCCCAUCUUUUUCUUGGCAUCGUUCUUCACCCCUAACCCUUAAUGGUUAGGAGGUAGGGGGAGCCUCGAUUCCCCUUCCCUAGCUCUUUUACCCUCCGUCCCAGGCCCAGCUUUGAUCAUUCCAUCCCCUUCCCCAUGUUACUUGACAAGCCUCUUCUGGGGUUCAUAUGUAUGCGUAUGUGUGUUUGUAUUUGUGUAUAUGUGUGUUGGUGUAUGGCCAAGUUUGUAAUGGUUUUGAUAAAUAAAUAC